GAUGACGGGCGGUCAAAUGAGGCAUAACUCACUUUGGUUUGCGGAGAAAGCCUUUUGUAGAAACCGCUGAAGUGGGCGCUGAGAUCAUUUCCUUGAAACUGUAUUUCCGGAGAAAAUUGCACUCGUUUAGGCCGUAAAAGCACGAAACUAGCGCAUCAAGGAGGGCAGUCAAGCUUUACAAGCAAAAGGUUUAGUUUUCAAAGGAUUACUCUGAAGCUGUGCUCGAGUCCAAACUAUAAAGUUCACACAGAGAAGAAAAUUGUUUUGGGUGAUCGAAUCAUUGCUGCCGCUCGUACUGCAGCUUGCAAGUUUUUUUGUGGAGAAAGCGCUGAAGCGUCAUAUUCAGACAGAGAUGGGAAUAAUCAAGCAAAACAACGGACCGGUUCUCAAAAAUGGUUACUUAUUAAAGCAAGGGGAUAUGAUAAAACUACAAUGGCACUUACGAUACUUUGUGCUCACGAAAGAGUGCCUGUGUUAUUAUAGAACAGAAAAAGAUUCAGAGAUAGAGACUCCAAGAGAGGUCAUAUACUUUAACGAUAUGUCUCUUUACAUCGAAGAAAUCUCCGAAAAGCAACCUAAAACUAAAUACUGUUUAAGACUGGUUAAGCGCUCUAGCUCAACAUCGCGGUCUUUAUUACUUUCUUGUUUCUCGGAGGAGGAAAGAAAUGAAUGGCUGGCUCAGAUUCUACAAGCCAAAGCUAUGUCACUUGUAAUGGACCGCUCUUGGAUCGGAGGGAAUGACCCGGAAAUACCUAAAUCUGUGGAUAGCGUUAGCAGUAGCUUUUACAGCGAAAAGUUAGCGUCAGCGAAAGAGGUCCUCCAAAAAUGCCGACGAAGACUUUCUAGCUCCAACCGCGGUAGCUGUACGUUCGAAGAAAUAAGGCGAAGCUCCACGACUACAGCCAACCCUUCUUGGAGACAUACACUUAUUGACUUGUCUAUCGCUUCCACUUGAGCGGUGCAAUCCAUUCCAGAUUCCGACAAAGAGCGCUUCUGAGGGGCGCUGAUCGCCAAAUGGCGCCUAUGUGGUUAUCUUUUCUCGAAAAGAAAAUUUCUGACGAUUAAAAUAGCUAUGAGAAUCGAUGGCUUUCUAAAAGAAAAAGAGGAAUAACGUUCACAUUGAGUUGAUAAAAUAAAAGAAGAAACGUUUUUUAAUUCCGCUUUCAACACGGUGGAAUGAUAGAAAGGUGAAAUCCAGAACCUUGACAAUACUCAUAUUGAGAACUUUCAAUAAUGAACAGAUAUUUCAAAGAGAUGGUCAUUCCUCAAUCCUAGAAAUGUUUUAGAUAAAAGUCUUCAAGACCAUAAGAUCAAUAGUGUGCACUCUAAAAUUCAAAAUUGCCCAAAUAUUUCCCAGUUUAGCAAACGUUAUUUAUUUUGUUUUUAGUGCACCGAAGAAGAGAUUAUUUAUAAGUUUAGUCUUAAAUUCAUAUUAGAGAACGAAGAGAGACCCUCGAGUGUAAAUUUUAUUUCGCGAAUGGGAAUUGCCAUCAGCCUUUAACUUAUCGAUAAGACUCAAAACAAAUUGGAUAGGGCUAAUAAAAGCAAUUUUACAAGUAAAGGAAAUAAAGGAACGCUCCUUGAGAACAAUAAAUCCAUGUCAGAAAGAACA